UUAACCUGCACUGUGUUCACACUUGCCAAAAGGCGCGAGAAACUAGAAAUCAGACUUCUCUUGGAAGGACAACUGAGAAAUAUUUCUAUUUUUCUAUUGCGUUUUAUUUGCUAUAAACUGUAUUUCUCUUCCAAGAAUUAAACCAAAGGAUCUUUCAUUUCAGCCUGCCUAAUAAAGCCAUUGUAAGGAUUACUCUGAAGUUAUUUUCUGACUUCUAGCCUAUAAAAUAAUAAUGCUGUUAAUGCAGUGCAUGGAUCUGCAUGGAUGAAUCGGAUCACGAUAUGAUUUCCUGCUGGGAUUUUUAUUUUCUUCACUGAAACCUGAACACGCUCUGACAUCGAAAUCCUCCUCACUGAAAUAGAUCGUCUCUCCCUUGUCAUCUGGAUUUAUUUUGGAAGGGCUGAUUUAUGACGCAUGAAGCCUGACAGUAGAGUUUGUGGUUAGAUGAAGUUACCAGGUCUGGCUGUUUCGGAAGUAGAGUUUCAGUCGAUUUUAUUGCUUGGUUUUAUUUGCACAAGAGACUUUGUUUAAAGAUGAUUUCGUGUGCUGGAUGUACUGAGAGCGCAGUCAGGCUGAAGUUGCUCGGUGUGGGGCUGAUAGUGCUCACGGUGCUGACUGUGGGGUGUGAAGGGGGAAAUCAGCCAGUGCAGGACACAUUCAGACUCAGCUACAUACUGACCGAUGUGGGGGAGAGUCUGCGCCUCCAUGUGGACUCGAUCAUCGGAGAACACACAACCACAAAAUGUUUGUUGUUCUUGGACAUGGCACUGCAGUUUGUAGCAGAAGGUGCUGCCGGUGGCCUCAACGUCAUCGCUGUUUACGUGGCUGAGAUUCUGCGUGCCACUGGAGUAGGUGAUCCUGUAUCAAUCCCUCACUUCACCCCUGAGGGCAUGGCCGUUGCGGCAAAGUGGAUACUACUGGUGGUGAUUAGUUACUGGCUGCUGUGUGCCGUAUUGCGUUUAGCUGUAACCUUGUUAAGGCGAGGAUUCUGGAUGCUGAAGAUCAUCGUGGUCGUGGUGAUCUUCAGUCGGAUCAUCAGCGAUCCGAAAGCUUCCUCUGAAACCACGGUUGCGCGUUUGUUCCUGCUGGUGAUGUGCACGGCUGCGUGGAGUGUAGCCACUGCAAUGAAGUGUGGGCCAGACCUGACGGGCCUGGAAAGUCGAAUGACGAGCCUGGAGGCCAGAGUGGCAGCGAUGGAGAAGAAAAAAAACUGAGUGAUUAAAUAAAGGGAUGUGUUUAGAGGAGAUGUGAAUUAAAUAGACAUUGUAAAAUAAUAUACAAGAAUAAACAGAUUUCUGGGGUUACUUUUUCAAACACUUCACAGAAUCUUCACAGGUUUGCAUAUGUGUCUAAAAUGGAUUGUGGAUAUAGUGUGUUUUUAUAAGUUUUUCAGCUCAGUAGAAAGACAACAUGAUUUCUACCUUUGAUUGUAGAUCUGAAAGAAACUGUGAUGUCAUCAUAAAGUAUUUGUUAUUGUGUCAUCGUGUGAUUAUUGUGAAUGGAAAAAAAACACAAUAAACACAGUGUGGUGUGAUAUGAAAUGGAGGCCAGUUACGUUUCCUGUAAUCAUGUUUGUUGUAGCGGACGUAAAAACUGCUGUUCUCUGUACCAGGUUUUUUCUCUCGCUCUUGAAAUGAGCAAAACAAGAAUGUGAUAGCUUAGUGUUUAAGGUGUUCAAGGACUACUGAUCAGAAGGUUGUGAGUUCAAAUCCCAGGUCCACCAAGCUGCCACUGCUAGGCCCUUGAGCAAGGCCCUUAACCCCUCAAUUGCGC